AGGUUCUCACCUCCGCCCCCCGCCCGUCGCUCGCAUCCCCAGUUCCAUCAAAGCCAACCCGGACCAGCGCAGGGAUCUCCGAGUUGCGAGUGUGCUGAGGCUGGGACUGUCACUCAUUCUCCGCUCAGCGCGUGAACGCAGCUCGGCAGUGGCUGGCAGGAAACAAUUCUGCAAAAAUAAUCAUACCCAGCCUGGCAAUUGUCUGCUUCUCGGUCCGUUGCUCCGCCGCCGUCCACAGUCGCUAGCAAGGGGAAGGCACAGAAUUUACCGCGGCCAGAACAUCCCUCCCAGCCGGCAGUUUACAAUGCUGCGAACUACGGAUCUCAUCUGGACUUUGUUUUUCCUGGGAACUGCAGUUUCCCUGCAAGUGGAUAUUGUUCCCAGCCAAGGAGAAAUCAGCGUUGGAGAGUCCAAAUUCUUCCUGUGUCAAGUGGCAGGCGAAGCCAAAGAUAAGGACAUCUCCUGGUUCUCCCCUAAUGGGGAAAAGCUGAGCCCAAACCAGCAGCGGAUCUCGGUGGUGUGGAAUGAUGAUGACUCCUCUACACUCACCAUCUACAAUGCCAAUAUCGACGAUGCCGGCAUUUACAAGUGUGUGGUCACUGGCGAGGAUGGCACCCAGUCUGAGGCCACGGUCAACGUGAAGAUCUUCCAGAAGCUCAUGUUCAAGAACGCACCAACCCCACAGGAGUUCAAGGAAGGAGAAGAUGCGGUGAUUGUGUGUGAUGUGGUCAGCUCUCUGCCCCCAACCAUCAUCUGGAAGCACAAAGGCCGAGACGUUAUCCUGAAAAAAGAUGUCCGAUUCAUAGUCCUGUCCAACAACUACCUGCAGAUCCGGGGCAUCAAGAAGACAGAUGAGGGCACUUACCGCUGUGAGGGCAGAAUCCUGGCCCGGGGGGAGAUCAACUUCAAGGACAUUCAGGUCAUUGUGAAUGUACCGCCCACUGUCCAGGCCAGACAGAGCAUCGUGAAUGCCACUGCUAACCUGGGCCAGUCCGUCACCCUGGUGUGCGAUGCUGAUGGGUUCCCAGAGCCUACCAUGAGCUGGACAAAGGAUGGGGAACCCAUUGAAACCGAGGAGGAAGAUGAUGAGAAGCACAUCUUCAAUGAUGACAGUUCUGAGCUGACUAUCAGGAACGUGGACAAAAAUGACGAGGCUGAGUAUGUCUGCAUCGCUGAGAACAAGGCUGGAGAGCAGGAUGCAUCUAUCCACCUCAAGGUCUUUGCAAAGCCCAAAAUCACCUAUGUAGAGAAUCAGACGGCCAUGGAACUAGAGGAACAAGUCACUCUUACCUGUGAAGCCUCAGGAGAUCCCAUCCCCUCCAUCACCUGGAGAACUUCCACCCGAAACAUCAGCAGUGAAGAAAAGACUCUGGAUGGGCACAUGGUGGUACGCAGCCAUGCUCGUGUGUCCUCUCUGACCCUGAAGAGCAUCCAGUACACAGACGCUGGAGAGUACAUCUGCACUGCCAGCAACACCAUCGGCCAGGACUCCCAGUCCAUGUACCUUGAAGUUCAAUAUGCCCCCAAGCUCCAGGGCCCUGUGGCUGUGUACACUUGGGAAGGGAACCAGGUGAACAUCACCUGUGAGGUCUUUGCCUACCCAAGUGCCACAAUCUCCUGGUUCCGAGAUGGUCAGUUGCUGCCAAGCUCCAACUACAGCAAUAUCAAGAUCUACAACACCCCGUCUGCUAGCUACCUGGAGGUAACCCCUGACUCCGAAAAUGACUUUGGAAACUACAAUUGUACGGCAGUGAACCGCAUUGGGCAGGAGUCCUUGGAAUUCAUCCUUGUUCAAGCAGACACACCGUCUUCUCCAUCCAUCGACCGGGUAGAACCCUACUCCAGCACAGCACAGGUGCAGUUUGACGAGCCAGAGGCCACAGGUGGAGUGCCCAUCCUCAAAUACAAGGCUGAGUGGAAGUCACUGGGGGAAGAAGCAUGGCAUUUCAAGUGGUACGAUGCCAAAGAAGCCAACAUGGAAGGCAUUGUCACCAUCAUGGGCCUGAAGCCGGAGACAAGGUACGCAGUACGACUGGCGGCCCUCAACGGCAAGGGGCUGGGCGAGAUCAGUGCAGCCGCGGAGUUCAAGACACAGCCAGUCCGGGAACCCAGUGCACCCAAGCUGGAAGGGCAGAUGGGAGAAGAUGGGAACUCCAUCAAGGUGAACCUGAUCAAGCAGGAUGACGGAGGUUCCCCAAUCAGACAUUAUCUGGUCAAGUACCGAGCGAAGCUUGCCUCUGAGUGGAAACCCGAAAUCAGGCUCCCAUCCGGCAGUGAUCACGUCAUGCUCAAGUCCCUGGACUGGAACGCCGAGUACGAAGUAUAUGUGAUAGCUGAGAAUCAGCAAGGAAAAUCCAAGGCAGCCCAUUUUGUGUUCAGGACCUCAGCCCAGCCCACAGCCAUCCCAGCCAAUGGCAGCCCCACCACAGGCCUCAGCACCGGCGCCAUCGUGGGCAUCCUCAUUGUCAUCUUCGUCCUGCUCCUGGUGGUCAUGGACAUCACCUGCUACUUCCUGAACAAGUGUGGUCUGCUCAUGUGCAUUGCUGUUAACCUGUGUGGCAAAGCUGGACCCGGAGCCAAGGGCAAAGACAUGGAGGAGGGCAAGGCUGCUUUCUCGAAAGAUGAGUCCAAAGAACCCAUUGUGGAGGUCCGAACAGAGGAGGAACGGACUCCAAACCAUGACGGAGGGAAACACACAGAGCCCAAUGAGACCACGCCGCUGACAGAGCCCGAGCUGCCUGCUGACACCACAGCCACUGUCGAGGACAUGCUGCCUUCCGUUACCACCGUCACCACUAACUCUGACACUAUCACCGAAACUUUUGCCACUGCUCAGAACAGCCCCACCAGUGAGACCACUACACUGACCUCCAGUAUUGCCCCACCAGCCACAGCUGUGCCGGACUCAAAUUCUGUGCCCGCUGGUCAGGCUACUACCCCUUCCAAGGGGCCUGGUGUCACUGCCGCACCCUCACCCCCAGCCUCGGCCCCAAAGGUUGCUCCUCUUGUUGACCUGAGUGAUACCCCAACCUCAACUCCCUCUGCUAGCAAUUUGUCCUCCACUGUCCUGGCUAACCAAGGCGCUGUACUCAGCCCCAGCACCCCUGCCAGUGCGGGGGAGGCCUCCAAGGUCCCUCCAGCCAGUAAGCCGUCCCCCGCUCCAACCCCCACCCCAGCUGGGGCAGCCAGCCCCUUAGCAGCAGUAGCCGCCCCUGCCACAGAAGCCCCCCAGGCCAAGCAGGAAGCCCCCAGCACCAAAGGCCCGGACCCAGAGCCCACCCAGCCUGGCGCCAUGAAGAACCCACCUGAGGCAGCCACAGCCCCUGCUAGCCCGAAGAGCCAGGCUGCCUCCGUCAGCACCACAAACCCUUCCCAGGGCGAGGACUUAAAAAUGGACGAAGGGAACUUCAAGACCCCAGAUAUUGACCUUGCAAAGGAUGUUUUUGCAGCCCUGGGCUCUCCUGCUGCUGCCACUGGGGCCAGUGGACAAGCCUCUGAGCUUGCUCCUUCCGCUGCAGACAGCGCUGUGCCGCCGCCGGCACCAGCCAAGACCGAGAAGGGUCCUGUAGAAGCAAAGUCUGAGUCCCAGGAGUCAGAAGCAAAGCCAGCACCAACUGAAGUCAAGACGGUCCCCAAUGAUGCCACACAAACAAAAGAGAACGAAAGCAAAGCAUGAUGGGUACCUAGCAACAAGCAAAGAUCAAAAUAAAAAGUGACACAGCGGCUUCA